AUGUCAAUGAUGGUGAUGAUGAUGAUUAUUAUUGUGAUUAUGGUGACGAUAAUGCAGGGUUAUGUCAAUGAUGGUGAUGAUGAUUAUUAUUAUUGUGAUUAUGGUGACGAUAAUGCAGGGGUUAUGUCAAUGAUGGUGAUGAUGAUUAUUAUUAUUGUGAUUAUGGUGACGAUAAUGCAGGGUUAUGUCAAUGAUGGUGAUGAUGAUGAUUAUUAUUGUGAUUAUGGUGACGAUAAUGCAGGGGUUAUGUCAAUGAUGGUGAUGACGAUGAUUAUUAUUGUGAUUAUGGUGACGAUAAUGCAGGGUUAUGUCAAUGAUGGUGAUGAUGAUUAUUAUUAUUGUGAUUAUGGUGACGAUAAUGCAGGGGUUAUGUCAAUGAUGGUGAUGAUGAUUAUUAUUAUUGUGAUUAUGGUGACGAUAAUGCAGGGUUAUGUCAAUGAUGGUGAUGACGAUGAUUAUUAUUGUGAUUAUGGUGACGAUAAUGCAGGGGUUAUGUCAAUGAUGGUGAUGAUGAUUAUUAUUAUUGUGAUUAUGGUGACGAUAAUGCAGGGUUAUGUCAAUGAUGGUGAUGACGAUGAUUAUUAUUGUGAUUAUGGUGACGAUAAUGCAGGGGUUAUGUCAAUGAUGGUGAUGACGAUGAUUAUUAUUGUGAUUAUGGUGACGAUAAUGCAGGGUUAUGUCAAUGAUGGUGAUGACGAUGAUUAUUAUUGUGAUUAUGGUGACGAUAAUGCAGGGGUUAUGUCAAUGAUGGUGAUGAUGAUUAUUAUUAUUGUGAUUAUGGUGACGAUAAUGCAGGGUUAUGUCAAUGAUGGUGAUGAUGAUUAUUAUUAUUGUGAUUAUGGUGACGAUAAUGCAGGGGUUAUGUCAAUGAUGGUGAUGAUGAUUAUUAUUAUUGUGAUUAUGGUGACGAUAAUGCAGGGUUAUGUCAAUGAUGGUGAUGAUGAUUAUUAUUAUUGUGAUUAUGGUGACGAUAAUGCAGGGGUUAUGUCAAUGAUGGUGAUGAUGAUUAUUAUUAUUGUGAUUAUGGUGACGAUAAUGCAGGGUUAUGUCAAUGAUGGUGAUGAUGAUUAUUAUUAUUGUGAUUAUGGUGACGAUAAUGCAGGGGUUAUGUCAAUGAUGGUGAUGAUGAUUAUUAUUAUUGUGAUUAUGGUGACGAUAAUGCAGGGUUAUGUCAAUGAUGGUGAUGAUGAUUAUUAUUAUUGUGAUUAUGGUGACGAUAAUGCAGGGGUUAUGUCAAUGAUGGUGAUGACGAUGAUUAUUAUUGUGAUUAUGGUGACGAUAAUGCAGGGUUAUGUCAAUGAUGGUGAUGAUGAUUAUUAUUAUUGUGAUUAUGGUGACGAUAAUGCAGGGGUUAUGUCAAUGAUGGUGAUGAUGAUUAUUAUUAUUGUGAUUAUGGUGACGAUAAUGCAGGGUUAUGUCAAUGAUGGUGAUGAUGAUUAUUAUUAUUGUGAUUAUGGUGACGAUAAUGCAGGGGUUAUGUCAAUGAUGGUGAUGACGAUGAUUAUUAUUGUGAUUAUGGUGACGAUAAUGCAGGGUUAUGUCAAUGAUGGUGAUGACGAUGAUUAUUAUUGUGAUUAUGGUGACGAUAAUGCAGGGGUUAUGUCAAUGAUGGUGAUGACGAUGAUUAUUAUUGUGAUUAUGGUGACGAUAAUGCAGGGUUAUGUCAAUGAUGGUGAUGACGAUGAUUAUUAUUGUGAUUAUGGUGACGAUAAUGCAGGGGUUAUGUCAAUGAUGGUGAUGAUGAUGAUUAUUAUUGUGAUUAUGGUGACGAUAAUGCAGGGUUAUGUCAAUGAUGGUGAUGACGAUGAUUAUUAUUGUGAUUAUGGUGACGAUAAUGCAGGGGUUAUGUCAAUGAUGGUGAUGAUGAUUAUUAUUAUUGUGAUUAUGGUGACGAUAAUGCAGGGUUAUGUCAAUGAUGGUGAUGAUGAUGAUUAUUAUUGUGAUUAUGGUGACGAUAAUGCAGGGGUUAUGUCAAUGAUGGUGAUGACGAUGAUUAUUAUUGUGAUUAUGGUGACGAUAAUGCAGGGUUAUGUCAAUGAUGGUGAUGAUGAUGAUUAUUAUUGUGAUUAUGGUGACGAUAAUGCAGGGGUUAUGUCAAUGAUGGUGAUGACGAUGAUUAUUAUUGUGAUUAUGGUGACGAUAAUGCAGGGUUAUGUCAAUGAUGGUGAUGAUGAUGAUUAUUAUUGUGAUUAUGGUGACGAUAAUGCAGGGGUUAUGUCAAUGAUGGUGAUGAUGAUGAUUAUUAUUGUGAUUAUGGUGACGAUAAUGCAGGGUUAUGUCAAUGAUGGUGAUGAUGAUGAUUAUUAUUGUGAUUAUGGUGACGAUAAUGCAGGGGUUAUGUCAAUGAUGGUGAUGACGAUGAUUAUUAUUGUGAUUAUGGUGAUGAUAAUGCAGGGUUAUGUCAAUGAUGGUGAUGACGAUGAUUAUUAUUGUGAUUAUGGUGACGAUAAUGCAGGUUCAGUUUGUCUCUUGGCCCUUUCUCUUGCACUGCCACAACCUUAUAAUAUUCAGAAAUGUGAUUAUUGCAUGGAUAUUCGACUUUUAGCUGAAAACUGCUUCAAUAAUUUGUCAUCAUGCAUAAAUAAUAGCUCAGAUUCCGUACUGUACUGUUUAACAAUUCAUGAAAUAACCUGGACAUCACAAGUUAAUCGACUGGUACGAUGCUUAUCGCACAGUGAUUUCUCCCUAACUUUACAAAAUGCAGAAAAGUUACUCCGUGAGGGAAGUUGUUCUCGUCGUUCAAUGCUCAAUUGUGAUUGUUCUACCUGUAAGCCACCCUCUAAAUUCUUCCGAAGCCAUGAAUUGGAAUAUCAAAACGAUGUUACCGUACAGGUGGCAUCAACAUCGAUAAAAGUUGCGGAAACAAGUAGCAUGUUGAUGAACCUUGAUUAUGAAUCUGCUCAACAAUCAGAAGCUACAGCCGAAGAAAAAAAGCUAAUAGAGUCCGUGAAAAGUCAGAUGACAGGAAAACCUGAAAUGGAAACUGCUAAUAUCGGUCAUUGUGGUCAUUAUGAUCCAGUUCUUUUCUCGUUAAUUUCAUAUGUCAUACUAUUUCAUGUUUGUUAUUAA